AUGAUUGGAGUCCUCUUCACUGCUCUGGCGUUGGCCUCCGGGGCCUUCAGUUGUGGGGUCCCGAGCUACAAGCCCAAAGCAAGCCGAAUUGUCGGAGGAGAGGAUGCCAAUCCGUACAGCUGGCCCUGGCAGGCUUCCCUUCAAUACUCUUCUUCCAGUGGGAAGUGGCAUCACACAUGCGGCGGGUCCCUCAUCGCCACCAACUGGGUCAUGACAGCCGCUCACUGUAUCAGUUCUUCUCGGACCUAUAGGGUCUACCUCGGAAAACACAGUCUCUCAGCCAGCGAGAAAGGAUCAAUUGCUGUCUCCCCAGAAAAAAUCAUCAUUCACCCAAAGUGGGACUCAAGUAGCGUGUCCAGCGGGAAUGAUAUUGCGCUGAUCAAACUCUCCAAACACGUCACCCUGAGCGACAAGAUCCAGUUGGUGUGUCUUCCAAAGGCCAACAGCAUCUUAGCCUCCAACUCUCCCUGCUAUGCUACAGGAUGGGGGAGGCUGCAAACUGACGGUGCGUCCCCGGAUAUCCUGCAGCAGGGGCGCCUGCUCGUGGUGGAUUAUGCUACCUGCUCCAAGUCCAGCUGGUGGGGCAGCUCGGUGAAAAGCAGCAUGGUCUGCGCGGGGGGCGACGGCGUGAUCUCCAGCUGCAAGGGGGACUCGGGCGGCCCACUCAAUUGCAAACCCUCCAGUGGAAAGUGGGAGGUUCACGGUAUAGGCAGCUUCGUCUCCUCCAGCGGGUGCAACACCUACCACAAACCCACCGUUUUCACACGCGUCUCCGCUUUCAACGACUGGAUCGCUCAGAUGAUGGCGAAAUAUUAACACAAGGAAUGUUGGAGUGCAGUGAGAACCUACCACAAGUUCCAUAACAACAAAACCAGCUGUGGAAUAAACUUACAUCUAUCAUCUAUCUAUCUAUCUAUCUAUCUAUCUAUCUAUCUAUCUAUCUA